CGCGAGAAAACAAAGUGGAAUCAGUGAACUUGUUUUAGAAUAAACCUUUGCUGAUAACAUAUCUCUGUAACGAACCAAAGCAGGUGUUAGCUCUUUUUCAAUAAACUUUACAAAAUAUUUAAAAAAAUUUAAAGUGUGUUUAGAAAAUUGAGAUAAAAAACUUUUUGGACUAUUUUCGGGUAAAAUAUAUCUUCACCAAAUUCAGAAGUUGUGUGAGCAUCGGGACUCAUAAUUCACGACUCAAGAUUCAUGUUCCGUUAGUUUACCUUUUUUUCAUCACGAAUUCGGACUAAUUUAAACAACAACCAAGUAUCUUAACCUCACUCCUCACCACCUGUGUGACGUCAUGCCAAGAAACGACACCACCUGCCCAACUCCACCCAUCAACGGUCACCUCUAGCCUGUCAGGACCGACGCCAUCUUUAAUCAUCAACGUACAACUUCCGGAACCAUGACGAAAUCCGAGAGCCGGAAGUCGUUUAGUAUCGAUGCCCUGUUGGCUAAGACAUCAUCCUCGAGUACGAUACCGUCGAGGCCAACCCACAGCAAAGAGAACAACCACAGCCCCGUCGCCAUGGUAACCAGCCACGAGAUCUCGCCCAGCACCGCGAGGAAAGUGUGUGACGCAGCCAGGAGCGUCACGAUCUCGUCACAGCUCGUCACCUCGUCCAAGAGAGACGCCAGAACACUGCCGGACAGUCAGACACCUCUGACGCCCGACACCCAGACACCGCACGCCACACCGGAUUUUCCCGUGUACCGUAUGCCCGCAACGGACGGUGCGCACGUCAACAAAACUUUUCCCUCCGACGCGCAUGACAAAAUGGCGCGGGAAGCGGACGUGAAGCGGAUGUUUGGCGCAGACCUGGACGUCACGUCACGUCACAACACCUUCCACUCCUCCCCCCAACACCCCACGUCCACCGUCUCGCCCGUCACGUCCCCGGGAGUCACCCCGGAGAAAUCCCGACACUUCGAGCCUGCCCCUCAGAACAGUUUCCACCCGGCGCUCGUGAAGAAAGAACAGUUCCAGAACUUGCGGUCAGCGGAGAUCUGCGACUCCAACAGGUUGUCCGGCAGCAAGAGCCCCCACCGUGACUCCCCCUCCCCACAGUCCUACAGCUCCACCCCCAGGAGUCACAGCCCUGACUCGCCGUCACCAAGGAGCGGACCGGCCGUCUCCCCACCUUUCAUCCCCCGCCCCGGGCUCUUGAACAUGCAUCAUCACUCCCUCGUCCAGACUUCCGGUCAGUUCGGAUUCCAGAACGUGUUCCCUAACGCAGGUUUAUACGGAUACCCGGGGGGUCAAGGCCCGACCCCAGGGGGCCUCUCGCCCCACCACCUCCCCUCCGUACUGUCGGGCAGCGCCUUCCACCACCCCGCUGACCAGGCCCUGAAGCUGGCCCAACUGCAGGGAAUCAACUACGCCGAGUGGUUAGCGCGUACAGGCAUGUACGUGUCUCGUCUGGUCGACUACACCGGCGGAGGUCAGGGGUCAGCCCUGGGCAAGACCCGGCGUCCAAGAACGGCCUUCACCUCUCAGCAGCUCCUGGAGCUGGAGCGACAGUUCAAGAUGAACAAGUACCUGUCCCGACCCAAACGCUUUGAGGUGGCCACGUCACUCAUGCUGACUGAGACCCAGGUGAAAAUCUGGUUCCAGAACAGACGAAUGAAGUGGAAACGCAGCAAAAAGUCCAGCAGUGACCCCAAACCACGUGCAGAAGAAUCGACCAAUGAGAACAAAGCCCUGGCCAAGAUGGACGACGCCCUGGACACGACGGACGAGAGGGAGGAGAGCGACGACAUGGGCAACGAGAACAUCGACGUCACGGAGCUGGACUACGACGACGAGGAGGGGGAGGGGGAGAUGGUGGAGGAGAAGGUGUGCCGGACGAUACAGCACGCGGAGCAGGGGGUCCUCCAGAACAUCCCCUUCCUCAAAAACAACGACGGGUUAAAUAUGGUUGAGGCGAUUCACUGACGUCAUAGCCAUUGAGACCCUACUAAGACAUAGCUCAUCUCUUUCUACCACGUAUAGCGAUGCCGGGAAAAAAAAUUGGCGUUCAGUUAUGACCUUCAACACUGUUAUGUGUAUUUGACUUUGAUACGCAACCUCCUUAAAACCCCCGCUUGUCGGUGAAGGCCGAACUUCUGACAACAGAAACAAUGUCAUAUGUUUGAUUUUCAUGUCAUUUGUGAUACACUUCGUUUUUAAUGGCAAAAUUUGAAUCGCAAAUAGAAAGAAUAUUUGCCAUUUUUAAAGAGACCAAAGACUAAAAAAAAAAAAACAAGAGUAUCGGAUAUCAAAUGCGAUGGUCGGACAGGAAGGAAGAUGGCGCUUCAAGGGGAGAGAACUCCUAAGUGUUAUAACUAGCAAACAAACUUUGAUUUCCUGUUCUAACGCCAGCCAUUGUUAGGGGCACGUGACAAAUCUCCGUGUCCACAAUUGGCCCACGAGACAGACAGGGGCAAUAACUCGAGUGUAAAUAUAUUUUAAAUGGUUAACAA